AGUUUGGAUUUGCCGGUUGUUUGGAUCGCAGAUUGAAUCGGAAAGCCAACAGCGUUGGUUCGGAAAAGCGCAGUGUCCGCGUCGCGAGUGCGCCAAGCAAUAGCGAGAAUCGAAAGACUUGCGUGAGAGGUGGACUCCAGUGAAGCACAGCAGCCAUGAUGCCGCUGCAGGAGUCGCCGUCGCCCAGUUGGCAGCUGGAGGACUACGCGUUCUUCCGCAAGUGCGGGGAAAUCACCGCCUCGCCGGACGUGCAGAGCUUCGGCUUCAACUGCGCCUUCUGCCCGGCGAUCUGCCUGCAGUUCUCCGUGUUCAUGGACCACAUCCGGGUGCAGCACACGCAGGACGUGAGCCGGCGCUACGAGACCGAGGAGGAGAGGUGUCCGCAAACCGAUCUGGUCAUAAUGGAACUCGACUGCCCCGAGAUUUAUCCGCCGGAGGCUCCUAGGAAAUGCAACUGGGAGGCCGACAUGGACAUUCAGCUAAUGAGCCUCGUUCCGUCGCCUCCCGCAGUGCACAUACCACCUCCACCACUACCACCACCACCUGAAACGCCCGAAACACCAGAAAUAGAUUUGGUCUAUGUGGUUGAAAAUCCAUUACCACCCUCGCCGCCGCCCUCCGCGGACAUUUCGGGCGACGAGCUGCCGGGGAGCAGUCCGCAGUCCUUCGACCUGGAUCCCUUUGCCGUGCUGCACGAGGUGGUAGCAAUGACUCCGCCCACUCCCAUUUCUCCACCACCGGGCCCUCCGACCCCCAAACCGACUCCAACUGCGACUCCGGCCCCACUUCCGCGGUACGAGACACGACGCGUGGCACUGCAGCGCAAGCUUCGUCAGUCGCAAAACGAGCAACCUAAAGAUGCGGAGGUGGACGUGGUCGCGGUGGAGGAGCACAGGGGGACGGAACCCACUAGGCAGCCGGAGAAGAGUGCUAUUGAACUAACACCACCUGCCACGCCCCCCACCCCACUGCCGCCCACCUCGCCCACGAGCAGCACGGCGAGCUGUGUGGAUUUCCAAUCGAAAAGUCGUAGGGAGCUAGAGCGGAAUCACGAGUUCGUUGGCUGUCUGCUGAGAGCGUAUGAACGCACGGAAAAGCUGUGGAAUCCCCGACAUCCGGACUACAAGUACAAUGCCAAGCGUAACGCGUACGGGGAACUGGCCGGUCCGCUGGAGGCCAUUUGCCACAGGCAGCUCUCCGGAGCCGAGAUCUUCGCUGUGCUCAAGGAGUUGAGGUGCAGAUACCGCCGCGAGCUGAAAAAGGUGAACGCCCUGGGUGGAAAGUACAAGUCGCGGCUGUGGUACUUUGAGAGGAUGGGCUUUCUGCGGUGUGUCAUCGAAAACAGGCGAGCCGAAAGGGAAGCCAAGAUCUCCAAUGAGAGCACUGAGAGCGAAAAGUCGUGCGAAACGGACGCAGAUUCCUGCGGCAAGUCAUCAUUGUACCACGAGGUUCUGAGUUUCAUUCUGGAUGCUUUCAAGAGGCAGGAAUGCCUGUGGAAUCCGCAGCACUACGACUACACCACCUGCUGUAAGACGGAACUGUUUCGCGACAUCUCUGUCCAGUUGCAGGAGGAGCUCAACUACGAGCUGAGCGGCGAGGAAUGUUGCAACGAGAUCCAAAAACUUAGGACGCGUUACCGCAAGGAGCUGCGCAUGGUUAUUAAGCACAAGGGAUUGUACCUGCCCAAGUUAUGGUGUUACGAUGAAAUGGAGUUCCUGCAGCCCAUUUUACAGGAGCAGAUCUUCAACAAGAUCAGCAAGAAAAUCGGAGUGGUGGGAAGCAACCAGAAGACCAAGUUCAUCGAUGCCAGCUCAAUUCGUUUUGACAACUCUGAGAAUCAACUGCAGUUCGUAGAGAUCUACCACAACUACUCAGCUCUGUGGGAUGUGGACCAUCCCGACUUCCGAUCGAAUACGUAUCGCAGUCAGGCGUUGGGUCAAAUGUUGGAUGAGAUAAACACCACCUUUCACACUUCCUACACUGCAGAGCAGUUGGAAAAGACCUUGUUCAAUCUGCGCAAAGACUUCUCCGCGCAGAAACGGAAGAUACUUACGGAGUCCGAAGACUCCAGCAGCAUUCCGCUGCUGCACGCCAAACUGGCAGAGUUCCUAGACCAAAAUCUUGGUCCUUUCCGUUGCGAUAUAUGCUCGGACCUGGUCAAGACCUGCGAUCAGUAUAAGGUGCACCGAUCCGCACACGAUGGCACCCAACCCUUCAUCUGCACUCUGUGCGGAAAGGGUUUCCAGAUGCCUUGCAACCUGACGGUGCACAUCAGACGGCAUCGGCGGGAUUUCCCGUAUUCCUGCGAGCAAUGCGACAAGCGCUUUGCCACAUCCACGGAGGUGGCCAUCCACUUGCGCACCCACACUGGUGAGCGGCCCUACAUAUGCGACCUCUGCGGCAAGUCCUUCAAGACGUGGUCCUUCUUCGACAUCCACCGACGCCGGCACCUGAACCAGUCGACAUUCCACUGCCCUAUAUGUGCAAAGGGGUUCUACGAGAAGAACCGCUUCACCGAUCACAUGAACUCCCACUGGGCGAUCCGCAAGCACCUGUGCACGGUGUGCGGCAAGACCUUCACCACGUACGGCAACCUCAAGAAGCACACGGAGCUGCAUUUGGCGGUGAAGAAGUACAAGUGCAGCACGUGCGGCAAGCGAUUUGCACAAUUCGCCAGUCUUCGUUGGCACAAAAAGCGAGAGCACAGCUCCGAGGGGCAAGCGGGCUGCAAGUAGAACCUUCAGCCACUCGAAGUUUCUGCUCUGCACUUUAUAAUGUUUACCAAGCAAUCGUAGGGCGUUAGAUGUGUGACCGUGUACUUAAAGUUAUUGCCGUCUAGCAUAUACCACCUAUCAUAUCGUUAAUCUAGCACUAAUGUAAGUAAUGUAUUUAUAUGCUGUUUAAGAAUGUCUGAUAAAUGGCUACAAGUGUUGCCUCUCGAGUUCUGCAAGUCUUAUCGUCGUAAUCAGAAACGAUUAGCAAUGCUUGUAACUGGUUUAUAAUUCGAAUCCCAAAGUCAUCGAAAGUGAAACCAAAAAUAUGCAUGUGUAUUAAAUAAACCUAUAGUCAAUGUA